UAUCUCCCUUUUUAGAUUUUUGGGGGGAUUUUAGUUGUGUUCACAUUGACGUCCUUCCUACUCUCGCGGAAGUGACGAACGUGUGUGCAAACUACACUAGAGCAAAAACAUGCACAUGUGAGAGCUGCAUGGUGAGAAACCUAAGUUUACUUCAAAUAUAACGUUAUUUCACUAUCGACGUGAAGAAAGGCUUCGGACACGGAGUAUGAAUGAACCGGGACACUAUCCUCCGCCGGACUUCGGCUGUCCCCCUCCUCAGCAGCCCCGCUCGAGCAGCUUCCAUCCCAACAUGUGGAGCUGGGGCGAGACGUCCUCCGAGCCCACCUGGGACUCUAGCGGCCAGGCGGGAUGGCAUCACGGAGCAGCGACAGGCUUUGGUUUCCCAGCAGGCCGUGGAAACUAUGGAUCGAAACGUCCACACGGUCAAAACUUUGAUCGGGAAUGGCAUCAAGGUGGACAUCAAGGUGGAAGACAGAAUUAUGGAGCUCCUUAUCCUGGGAAAAGGCAGAAAAAUAAAAAAGAACCAGACUAUUCUCAUUUUUGUGACACCUGUGACCGGGCCUUCAAAAACCAAGAGAAGUUUGAGGAACAUGUUUCUCAACACGUCCAGUGUUCUGUACCUGACUGCAGCUUCAUGGCUCAUGAAAAAAUAGUGAGCAUCCACUGGAAAAAUAACCACGCACCAGGCGCAAAGAGGAUUAAGCUUGACACACCUGAUGAGAUUGCAAAAUGGAGAGAGGAGAGGCGCAAAAACUAUCCAACACUUCAGAAUAUCGACAAGAAGAAAAAAGUGAUGGAGGCGCAGGAGGAGACGGGAGCCGUUCUGGAAACAGCUCAGUUUGGUCGAAUGAGAGGAAGAGGACGAAGUCGGGGCCGUGGCUGGGGUAACAGAGGGUUCCAUGGGCAACACCCUCGAGGCCCUCACCCAUCAGCCAGAAGUGCUACAGACAGACCUCCACCUCUCACCAAGCCCUGCAGGGACGUGGAUCCACUGGGAGCGCUGGCCAGCAGUGAUCAUGAUUCAGACGGAGAAGACCCAGCUCUUGAGUCCAGGACUGGUGUCCUGGUUGUGGCGCCUAAACAGAUGAGCUCCGCUCUGGGAUCCCUGGUGGCCAACUACGGGUCUAUGAGUGAAAGUGAUGAAGAACCAGAGGCCACCCCUAUUCAGAGAUAUAAGGACCUUGUACAAGAAAACCAGGCUCUGCUAAACACAACACCACUAAAGUCCCAGGACAGAGGACCCUCCAGAGGCCCAGAAACAUCUUCUAAGGUUACAGAUGCUCAGAAAGACGCCCACCCUAACUGUGCCCUUCACACACCUAACACCAGAAGAGGAAGAUGGGGAAGAGGAGGCAGGGGAGGAAGGGGCGGUAGAGGAGGACAUCAAGAUACACCGCAGGCCCGUCGUCCCACUCUACUUCAGAUGUUACUGGCCCCAGAUAUUCGCCAUGAGAGGAAUGUCCUCCUGCAGUGUGUGCGAUAUGUUGUCCGAAACAACUUCUUUGGCCAGGAGAGCAGACCUCAGAACCAGAAGGGCAUCCAGGAGAGAGUCUCACCAGCUAUACCAACCGGAGACUAUAAAGGGAGUCAAGAAAAGCCACAAGAUGAAGCCCGGGCUGUGCCUCGGUCUACCUAUCUAGUUGGUGGAGAGAGAAGUUCAGUAAAAGUCAGUUAUCAAGAGAAUUUAGAAAAACUUAAAGGUGCUGCGGUUGACCAGUGCUCGCAUACGUGCUCAGUAUCAUCCAAGGAUCCUUCUGUAGAGCAGUUUGCAGGGCAUUUUAUCCAAAAUACUGAAGACCCAACUACCAAAGACUGCCACAACCCUUAUUUGAAGGAAACCAAUCAAAUCCAAUCUACUUCUUAUAUUUUCGAUGAUGAAAUAUGGGAGAGCCCUGAUUCUGUUAUGUCCUAAGGAAUUAUUAUUCAGUUCUAAAACAU